GAGUACAGUGAAUACAUUUUCACUGCGGAAAUUUCAUUUUAGAACUAGAAAACUGCUUUCGAAUUUUAAUGAUUGACAAUAUCAAUUACGAAUAUUUCAACCUUAAGCACACAUAUUCCUAAGGUUGUGCAGUCUUUGUCCAAGCUUGUCAUAAGGAUUGAUCUGUGUAGUAUUAUGCUUUUGGACAUUACUGUAACAUGAAGUAUUUACGUGUCGGUAUGACAUUUUCAUGAAUUUCACUGGCAACAGUGUCCAUUGUUGACUAGCUAUCGAAAUAAUGAAAAUUAACACGAGAGAAACGACAUCUAUUUCGCUCAUAUCGAGCGAUCGAAUUCUGUUCAUUAUGAUUCUGCGAGACUAUAGGCUUCCGUCCCAUAGUUUACCAAAGGUAGGGCACCAAGCUGAAAUUCAUUUCUCUGCUGGACGCUCACUAGCUCGCUCGCAGAAUCGUCAUGAUGAUACCAACUGCGACGGAAAAUGUGGAGUCGUUUACUUGCUCGUUGCCCAUCGUGACCUACCUACCCACCUAGCAAUAACCACACGGUGCGCUGCGGGUCAGAGUCAGAAGAAUCCAUAGCGGCCCUCAGCUCUAGCCCUCACGUUGAACUACAGUUUUCCGUCAAAAUGCGCUGUUUCGGGAUUGUGUUUUGCAAAAAUGAACUAGGUAUGUGAUCAUGGAAUACUACUAGAAUGUUAUUUAAUUACUGUUCGACAUGAUGAAUGAAUAUCAUCAGUAAUCCGAUUGUAACUGAUCGCACUACACAGAAAUACCUGCAAAGAGGAAGCGCUGCCUGUCGUUGUGGACGUUUCGUUAUCCAUCCCAACACUCCGGGAGAGACAGAGGUUGCCUGUAUUCUGUCUCUCGCCGUGGCACAAGAGCUCGGUCGGUCGCUCGUUUCGCAUUCCGAUCGACCUGGCUCCAAGGAUAUACCUACACCGCCGUCUCUGUGAUAUACGGUAGGGUAUAUAUUUUCAUUUUCGCUGUAUUUUUACAACCACCACACAGAGGCUGCUGAAACUACUGCCUAUAGCCGCUUGCUUCAUCGGAUGCCUUCUCGGAGGCAUCGCCAUAGUGUUGGUUCCUCUUUUUUGGGCUAUAUGUGCAAUUCACAUCCCGUUGCUUCCUUCCCGGACCGCCGAUCCGGGUUGGGCGGUCGAUGGAAGAAUCGGUAGUAACGGUUGAUGGGGGCGGGUUGACAGCAGUUAAGCAAUCGAGUCAACGGAACAAUGGCAAGUUGAGAGCAGUUGAGACAGAUAGAGAGAAGUGUGCCUUUCUUGCAUUUGUUUUAUGAAAUUGUCUUUGAAAGACUUUUCUUGUUUUGUUUCACGUGAGAUGCAGUAGAUCGUUGCAUAAUUGUCCAAUGUUUUCAAUGUCAUCUGAUAUAUUAUAGGAUAACAGUCGAUAAAACCGGAGAAAUUUAGGCUUCCUUAAAUAUUAACUUGAUUAUUAGUUAGUCUGUGUAUGUUUUUCUUGUGACAUAGGUAAAUACUAUGAAUCAUUACAAAGCAGUGCAGUUGAUUCUACCCUUCGCUACCCUCUUAGACUUACUUUUGUUACAUCAACACAAGGAGUGUAAACGCGAAUUUCAACGAUGAAGAUGCUCCAACUCAUGUGGUAUGAUGAAUAAAUUUGAAUUUUAUGAUUGUUGGCACCGUCACCCUUGUUUACUGAACUACUGCCUUGGUCAUCACUGGUAUCAACUACUAUGCGACAUCAUCGUUCCAUUCCCUAUUAGUUGGCGAUAUCGAAUUUUGCUACUUCGUGUCUUUUCCAUUCAACCCACGCCAUGACACUAACCAUGGGCUUCAGGUUGGCUGAUACACACAUGCAUAAAUGUGUAAGGCGCUGUCCAUAAACUACGUAGACUUUUUUUCGGUCAUCUGAGACCCCCCCCUCCCCCCUCGUAGACUUUUGUUCAUACAAAAUUUUCGAAAUUUGUAUGAAGCGUAGACUUUGGCCAGACCCCCCCGUCCCCCCCUAAGAGUCUACGUAGUUUAUGGACAGGCCCUAAGUGCUCGAGGAGCACUGGUUGAUGGCGGCCAUUGACAACGACAACUGCUACUACCGCCAGCAGAGCGCAAGUUACAAAACUCUAGCUUUCGGCGAAAGAGGUUCCACUUGUUUCCGUUAGUCACGCUAGGUGGGUUUUUCGCUUGAGGGUGGGUGCUGACAACGCCGCUAGGUGCUGGCUGGUGGUAGAGUUUUGACGAGUCGACAUAACGAAAAUUGUAAGCGCUUUCUCAUACCACCACCGACUGCCAUCGCCAGCAGGAUCAGCAAGAAAGGGCAGGUUAGUUGGUGACAGCAGGUGGAAACACGGUUGCUGUGGAACCUGAACACGAUAUUGUGACCAAUUUUUAGGUAGGAGAGUAGUUCACCCAUUAGUUGCCCUAAUUUACUAAUUCACGGAGGAAGGAUUAUCACAAAAGUUAAAUAGUACAACCUUGCUGACGAGACAGUGUUAUUUAUUCGAGUUUCCGUCUCUCAUCAUCAUCCGCGAUGAAACUUUGGAAAUGCAUAUUUAAACUUCCACUGAGCUGGCGGAGCUGAAAAUUUGUCCGAUUGUUCAAUGCAAUGUAUUCUUACAAACGAGCAAUUUCCUAUAACCCCUUUCAUGCAGUAGAACCUGAAAUAGGGUGACUAAGGGUAUUAUCGGCAGGUUUGUUCUCUUCGUCAUAUGGGGUUUUUGUGGGCCAAAUUGCCUGAAAUUUGGGCAUAUAACUCAGCUUGGUUGGGAAGGAUUUGAGGCCAACUCUGAUUUCAACAGGUUUCAAAAAACCUCUUUUAACGAAGAGAACAAAACUGCCGAAAAUACGUAAGUUCCCCUAUGUAUUUCCAAAGCAUCGGGUUAAGAAAUCCCGCUUCAUCAGUGCAUGAGAACUUCAGGAGCGCAAAUCUCAAGAAGCAAACGUCAAAUAACAGUGUAUUUUUUUAUUUUGUUCUUGUUCACUCUUAAUAAGCUUAAAAUAAGAAGAUCAGGUACGCUGGUUUUGUUUACUAUCAGAUUUGUGCGCUGAAAAUCGUGAGUAGGUGCCAAAAGCUUCGAAACCCUCAUCAUAUGGUAUUGAUGCAAGAUGUAUUGUCUUCAUCCUUUUAGAGUGUUACAGCACUAUGAAAAAAUCUAAACUUCAGUGGUAGCUGUUUUGACUUUACACUCUUGUUAUACAUACGUGCUAAUUGCUCAACAUUAAAAAGUGUAAGACUAAAUUAUAAGUGCAUUAUUUCUAGACCACACAUUAACUGUGUAACAUUUAAAAAUUUAGCUCUGUGUUCACAAAAUCGUGAAACUUCCAUAAAUUUUCUUACAAUCUAGCUAUAGGUAUUUACCAGUAACUUUAGUGAACCAAAAAAAUACAGACGUUUCACGUGCAGCUCCUAUCAGGUAUCAGAUGGUCGGCUCCGGAAGCAGAUUAUCCUCACCAUGACCAUGGUGAGAGUGACGGGUUCGAUUCUCGGGCGAUCCAGAUACCUUUCGUAAUGGAAAUUUUCUUAACUUCCUUGGGCACAGAGUAUCUUCGUAUCUGCACCACGACAGGCAAAAUGAUCUUUGGCAAAGAAAGGCUCUGAGUUGGGGAAGAACUUGAGUUGAGAAGAAGUUCUGUCUUAGUUGCAACGUUACUCUACAAAGAAGAAGAAUAAAUCAACCGCCUCAUGUCUUCUACGAAUUUUCAUUUUAGAACCUAUCCACGUACCAGCAUUCGAUCUCGUCAAGCUACUAUACACUCUGGUAAACUGCCGUGAUAAAUCGAUUACACUUUAAUCAGAAGCACCGGUGUGGCGAUACAUACCUACCUAGUAGAUUCUGUGAUCCCUGUCAGUCAGCCAGCAGAGCUGUAGCUGUAGCACAAUCAGAAGCAAAACCAAUAUCCCUGGGGCUGCGAGCGAGACUAGUGAGUGUGCUCUGCUGAUGUGCCAUCCGGGGGGACUCCUGUAUAAAGCCUGAGAGAACUGAUGAUGGUGGCGAUGCCACACCACAACAAAGACGACGGCCCGCCGGAUAAACUCAACCCAUCCCGACCAGACACACUGCUCUCAGCUUCGCAGAGUUCACCACUGCACCGUCAUCGUUCUGUCGUUCGUUGACGUUGUUAUUCGCGUCCUAGAUAUGUACAGGGAAGAAGGGUCCUUACCGAGUAGGAAUGAACGAAUGGCUGCUGCAGCACCGGAGCGGUUCGUUUAAUUAAAAAUAUAUUGCAUUAAGGCAGGGGGUAAACUUUUUCUUCCGUUUUCUCCCAUGGUACCUGCAGCAGGAUGGUCCUCUACUUUCGUGUAUUACCUUUAUGGGGGCAAGUAACAAACGACUGAAUCAUUUAAGACCUCAUGUACACAGAGUCAAAUAUUUGACAAGGAAUGAACUAAAUAUCAAACAUAUUUUUUCUAUUUGACACUAAUAAAAAUUCGAUCGAGUCCAACAAGAUAUUUGAGCAUUGGAUUCUUUUUGGAAAAAAAUAUUUUACCCUGUGUACUAGGAUCUUAAGCUUACCGAGAGCUUUGUAUCUUAAGAGGGUUAAUCAACAUACAAUCUGUCGCCUGGCAUUCAUGCACCAAACGUGAACCACCUGCCAAACAAACAUUACCCAACAACUUUUCGCCAUCUGCAUGAACUCGUUCUGACGCAAUGGUGUACUUGUACGGUCUGCCGUGGGCAACUAGCUCCAAAACUUCCCAAGAAAAUAUUAAAUCUGGUUUAAGAACAAUGUAUUGGUGACACUACUUGUUCAAUAAAUCACAAGUUCAAUAAAAAUUUCCUACCACAAAAAAUUCCGUGUUGAAGAAAUCUCACUGAUGAUUCCAGGUUUUUCAUGGAGGCUGCGCCGCCAUGAGUCUCUGUACAGCAGCACAGAUUUCACGUUCGAGUUGAAAAUUCGGAUUUUUGUGCGUCGACUAAUUUGAAUGUUUUUCCAAACAUUUUUUAAACUCGCAAAGGCAGUUGAUCUUGGUGCCACCAUCGGCCGCCAUUUGGCUACCCUUGCACAAUGGUCGGAAAAAAUAAAGUUCGGCCAAAACUCUUUUUAUGUGUUUAAUCGAAGUUAUAGGUUGUCUAGAUACCCGAGCAAAGUCUGAUAGCAAAUUGAAAACUAAUUUUGAUGUUGUGAUAUUGAAAAUUUUGAUAACUCAGGGUGUUAUCGAAUUGGUCGUUUUAACGGUUAAAACAUCAAAAAUGAGAGCAUGAAAAUGUUCCUGUGAUAGCAAAUUGAAAACCAUUUCUGCUAUCGAUGAUAGCAAAUUGAUAACUGUUUUUGUGAUCGACACAAUAAAAUUUUAAAAUCGCUAAAUGUAGAGUUUUUCGAUUGAUAUCUAAUCCUAAAUGCAAUAAUACAAUUGCACUAAUGAUAUAUCCCUAGAAUUACUUUACAUAGUUUAUUAAAAGAUUUAAAAACUAUUGUAACGCUAAAUAUUUACAUUGGUUUAAAAUGACAGCAAACCGAAAGCAAAACUUGAAAUCAAAUUAAGUAAAGAUAAAAUGAUAUCAAAAUGUGAUAUCAAAUUGUUGCUGAAUACAAAUCAUGUUUUCUAUUUGCUGUAAUUUUGUUCUUGGACUUUGCUCGGGUAUGUUAUAAAGUAUUUUUAGUAUUUCAAAAGGGGUAUUCAAAAACUGUAUAGGUCAGUAAACCCCACAUUUUAUUUUUUAUUUUUUGGUAGACAGUCAAUUUGAAUUGAAUUAAAUGAUCAACUUUCGAUCAAAUUCAAUCAAGUUUGUUCAAAACGUGUAAAAAACGUGGGGAGAUAAAUUUUAUUUAAGUCAAAAAUGGAAAAAUAACGUAAAAUAUAUGAAAAAAACAUGAAUUUUUUAAUCAGCUCUAAUUUGAAAACCGGCAAAUUUCUGCAAAAUAUUUAAACGUAAUGUUAAUGUACUAUUCGAAAUUGCGGCGACACGUGACGACACGAACCGUUUUUAGCUUAAAAAUUAUCAAAAUUCCCAAGGUACAAUAUAUGAAAAUUUGAAAUGUUUUGUGACAUAUUAAUUUUGCACUAUACAUGCAUUCAAACUGUUCAACAACAAGCUUUCAUAUGCUGGAUAACAUAAUACAUAUAUUACAUUCUGAAAAUAUGAAUAUUUUACUUUUUUCGAGUGGGGGAACGUCCAUAAAUUACGUCACGCAAAAAUCGACCAUUUUCGACCCCCCUCCCCCCUAUGUCACACUUUUUGUAUUGGACCUCUGAAAUUUUUGUAUGUGUGGUCACACUUUGCUGAACCCCCCCUCCCCCCUCAAAGCGUGACGUAAUUUAUGGACGUUCCCUGGUUCGUUUUUCAAUUUUGUGACAUAGGCCACUUUGGCAGUGAAAAUGUCAUUGAAAUAUAAAAGCUGGUAUGCUUUGAAUUAAGAAUCAUAAAACUACAAUACAUUCACUUUGUUAUAAGAUAAAAAUAAGUUUAAGAAAUCAAAUUCGUUUUUUGGGAGUUUUGGCCGCCCCUUUGUAUGCAACUCGACCAAUGACACAUUCCAGCGUAACGGGACACCGCGAGGAACUAACUUUCGUGAACAAAUGACGUCUGCAAUCAAUUAUAAUGUUCAUGAUCAUAUGGUUUAACAGGUUUUAUAACAAGCUUAUUAGAUGUACUUGCUGAUGCAAUACUUGUUCUAUGAGGCUUAGGUUCCAAUUUACUUUAUAUAACAUGUUACAUUUCGUAACGGGACACCAUCGCAGAAAUCUUCUUUUUGAAAUUUUCAAUCUGAAAUGCGUAUAUUAGCACUGUUAUGAAGAUUUGAAUAAUAGAGUCUUCUAGACAUUUCUUCUUUGGAUUGAUGUGAACAAUAUUGCCGAAGUGAGUUUUACUGAGAAAUGUAUAGUUUUGGAAAUAUUCUUGAUUUAGUUUUGGGAGCGCAGCGUUACGCUCGCGUGAAAACAGUGUUUUGCAAAUGGUGUCCCGUUACGGCUAAAGUCAUCUAGUUGUAGAUUGAAUGCUUUGCUAGAUAGAAUGUUGGUGUCUUCGGAAAUAUUUUUCAGACAGAGAGUAGCUGUCCGGCAGUACACCAAUAGUCCUUCAAACCCUCUCUGGCCCUAUGGUGGCCAUAUGAAUGGGCCCUGGGGAACCUGUUUCGAGUUUUAUUUAACCUUCACGUAUCCGACCCUCUACAACUCAUUUUCAAAAUGCUGGCAUUUCGCCAAUUUUCAUCCGAUUUUUUUUGUAAGUCACCCUCAAUUGAUCAUAAAUUGGAGCUAGUUUAUUAUACUCAAGUGGCCAUGCAAUAUCCGGAACAAUUCCGGAGAUAUUCCGGAUUGUGCUGGGAUGCAGGGGGUUGUAAAAAUGGCUAAAAGUGAUUAUUUCGUAUGUUGUUGUGUUUGAACCAUCGAUUUCUAACGACAUUUUUGUUGCGAAUAGUGAAACACAACUGCUAUAACCAGAUUUAAAUCAGUUGGCCCAUCCGGAUUCCCGUGACAGGUUCCGCGAGGCCUCAUUGGGGACACUUCUGGCUUUCAACCUAAACAUGCCGUGCGACAUAUCAAUCUUCAUGAUUUCGAAUGACUGAGUCAGAAACGAUAGACCACAGACAAACAGACGUUACACUGGCGAAAUUUCUAUCGACCAUGCUUUUAACGAUCAUUUUAUAUCUUUAUAGUUGUCGCUUUCACAACCAAAGGCGGGCACAUCGUUUUUAUUUGCAUUUGACGUUUAACACUAGCGCCUUCUGUUGACGAUAUUGCACAACGCAGUGUUUCGUGAAACAUGGUGAUGGUAGUGUGAACUGGGCGAUGAUUUUCACGAAAAUUGUUCUAGGUGUUACGUAUGUUUGUCUGUGGAUAGACUGAAGUAUGUAUCAACUAAAUGGCCACCUCGGAACAUUUAGCACAGGUUCCACGAGGGUGUCAUCGGGAACAUUUCUGGUUUGUAACCAAAACAUGCCGAGCGACGUAUCAAUCUUCAUUUCGAAAGAAUGGGAUAGAAAAAAAUGACUUAAGUAUGUAUCAACUGAUAUGGCCGCUUCGUAACAUCUUGAGCAGGUCCGCGGGGGCCUCUCAAACACAACACACACGAAAUAAUCACUUUUAGCCAUUUGGCAAAACAGAUCCCUUCCUCACCCCCUGACCCCAGUACAAUCCGGAAUAUCUCCGGAAUGGUUUCGGAUACUACAUGGCCAUUUGAGUGCAAUAAAUAAGCACCAAUUUAUGAUCGAUCGAGGGCGACUUAAAAAAAAAUCGAAUGAAAAUUGACGAAAUGCCAGCAUUUUGAAAAUGAGUUAUCGGAGGUCGAAUACUUGAAAUUUAAUUGUAUCUCCAAAGCUAUGGUUGGGCGACGUAUCUAUCUUCGCGGUUUGCCCAUAUUCUACAUUAUAAUGAUCCGAAUAAGAUUCAAUGAUAUCUAUAGUACAUUCUUCCAACAAAGUCUUUUCAAGCAUAUGUCGCAUGUUGCUUUAAUCCUUUAUUGGAAGGCUCAUGCGCCUUGGAAUUAAAGGAGCCAACUUUCGCUGAAAUAAAUUUUACAUUUUAAAGGGGAUUUUUCUUUUAUUCUAUGUUAGUUUUGGAGAACCGUUGAACUUGCCGUUUGGUCAAGGUUAGAGAGAACAAAGUUUAUUUUUUUUAGGGGAUGGGAUUAUGGGGGCUUUCCGUUGAUAUUUAGCUAACGACAACCAGUAAGGAUACAAACAAACGGAUUUCGAGAAGAAAAAAAAGUUGUCAACCAAAACGACAAGACCUCCCUCUUUCAAUCAACGGUUACUAAUUUAUAUCAUCACAAAAAGUAAUGCUACGCCAUUUUCGUGAUGCAUAUUUUACACUUUUUUUUCAAUAAGAAAAUAAGCUUCAAAAUAUGUUUGUCGUCAUAAAAGAAAAUAUAUACGGUGAUGUAUGGGGUAAAGAAGGAAUGCCAACCAUCACUUCGGGAUCUUCAAGUUUUGAACGCUGUGUGAUUCUAUAAACCUUUUUAUACAUCAUGGUGGUAAUUCAUAGGACAUAUUAAAAAGGUUAUAGCUUUUAAAGAGUAUGCUGUCAUCACAAAACUUAAUAAAACAUCACUUUUUAUACUGAUCCACCAGAAUACCUGCCCUUUGUUUACGUAGUUCCAGUGGAGAGCUGAGAAGUGGGUUUUGUUCCAGUAGGGGCGUUACAUCAAGAAGGAUAAUGAAAAUAUAUACACCCUAUAAUAUCAUGUCAUCAUGGUUACAGAUUUUUGGUUAAAUAUUUGAUCAAACCAAACUUAUUUAUCCACUUAUGAAUGUCUUUAAAAUUUUCGUAACGGGACACCAAAUCUACGCACCCAUUGUAACGCCUAAGAUAACGCGUCGAUCAAGGUAACCCAUAUGUUGGAAGAAAGGUCUCCACGAGUACUAAGAGAAUCCUGAAAAUCAUUUUUCUAAAGAUAGUAAUAAAUUCGCUAUUACAACAAAUAUACUGUUUUCGUAACGGGACACCAUUAAAUUGCGGCUAUUGCAAAAAGUGCUUAAAACAUAUCAAAACCCAUUUUUAUGAAAAGUGUCCUUUGAGUGUAUAAAAUAUACGUUAUUAUACUACAUUAAUAAAAAAUAGUUAUAAUGUUUUCGAACUUUACCGUGCCAGCAGGCAUAUUUGAAAAUUAUCAAUAAAAAAUUUCAUUUUUUUUACAUAAAAUGCUAUUACUUCACCUAGCUAUUUAAAUACGUAACUAGUCAAAUUUCAAGUAAAACAAAUGGUUUUCCUAAGAUUGAAUCUACCCUUUUUCAUAUGCUGGAAAGCUUGGGGCGAAACAAUUACUUUGAUAUUUCACAUCCUUGGGGUAGAGGUGCGUGGAAUGUGUCCAAUGUGCAUUGGGAGCUUUGAACAUUCUCCACUGCCUAGCUACCUAGCUACUGUGAAGCUGGAAGGAUUGACCGUGUUUACAUCCAACGAUUUGGUCUUGUUGACGUAGUUGAUGGUGAGACCUGUCGCCAAAGGAGCAUCCAUUAAGUACGUCACGCUAAAAUUGGGAUUUUUGACUCCCCUCAUCCCUUCGUACGGGCUUUCCUAUACCUAAUACAUUGCUUGCCACACUUUCACAGACCCCCGCUCCCCCUAGGACCGUGACGUACUUAAUGUAUGGUCCCCAAGGAGCGAUCAGCAAGAUUAUCGAGCUCACUCUACAUGUCAAAGCGCCGUUGAGCUAGGAGAGCAACGUCAUCAGCUAGUUUGAAGUUAUUUAGGUGCUCCAUGGUAAUGGGCUGCCACAGCAACCUACGAUUUGGUUCACGAUCAAACGCACUUACCAGGAUCUCAUCGAUUACGAUAAGGAACAGUAGUGGUGUUCAUUAUCGGGUUCUGUAACGGUUUUUUGGGUUUCAAGAACAGUAGGUUUAUGGCCUAACAUCCCCUACGGUGCGGCUACCACCUUAGGUAUAGCUUCCGGUGGAGCAUUUCAUACUCAGUCGCUGGAUGCCAGAACAGACGCUGUUUGAGCCGCACCUUCUUGAUGAACACUCGAACAGUCGCUUGGGACGUACAAUCUAGCUGAAGUCAGAAGGCUGCACUAUCAGCUAAGCAAACAACUUCCUUGUGCAUUCCUAUGAAAUUAAAUUCGGGGUUGUAAUCGAAUGCCUAAUAUUCGUCAUGAAAAAGGUGAAGUUUGUAAAAAGCAAUAAAACAAUCGCCUCGUGACAUGUAGUUAGAGUGAUGCGAAAUCAUGCCGUUCGACUAAACUAUUUCAAAUUGAUCAGCAUGCUAUAAAGAGACCUCAGAGUGGCACAGAAGAGUAACAGAAACCCACUGAUUCAUUCAUCACAAUGGAUGACUAGCAGAGUCCGUCCGUAUUACCGGAGGAAGUCAACGAAAGUCCAUUUUUAACAGAGCAGAGCAGAGCUCAAAUGACCGAGAAGAAGAAAAAAAAACUUGACUUUUUUACAUUUUAUUAUUAUUCAUUUCGAAUGCGAACAUUGGCUGUCUCUCUGUGGCGGAGUGGUGAUGGUUCCACCUCGAUAGCCAGCCAACUAGAGUUUACCUCGCACAACUGACCGCCCGAGAUCUGAGACAUAUGUGUGCUGUUAAUUGCUAUAGUUUUGCUGAAAUUGGAAAAGGUCUUCAACAGCGUUGAGCUAGCAGCAGCGGCAGCAGCCGGACAGCAGGGUAGCACCAAGCAGGUACACAAAUCAAAAAAUUAAAGUAUACAUGGAGAAGAAGAAAAAUGCGUGGCGAUUUUAGUUGUUUUUUUGAAGGAUGGAGAGGCCAAGCGGUUGAAACUCGCACAUACAAGUGGAUCGCGUGUGAAGGGUGAAAUACAACAAGAGAGUCAAGUUAAGUGUGUUCAAUAUACGAUAUAAUUCGAACGAACAACAACAGCAGCAAUCUUGAUGGGCUGAACAGGAAAUCCGAAGAGUGCCGCCUCGCUAAGUUAUAUGAUAUUUGCUUUUGGGUUUGAAUCAGAUUAUCAAUGUUCAGGUGAGGUCAUAAAUUCGGUUAAUAAAUACUGAGAAAGCUGAUACGCAUUGGCUUCAAUUUGACUGAUGAAAUGAAAAAAAGACACAUUCCGUGGUAUUUAGGCUCAAUAGUUGACAAGAUAGACUGACUUUUAAAUCUAUGACGAACAUCUACAGAAUCAUGCAAGUAGGUUUGUGGCCUUAUGUGAACCGUUUUCAAAUAAUGUUGAAGUUUUAACGUUUCAACAAUUUUGCAUGUCAUGUAUUUCGGGUAGUACACACGAAGAUACUAUAUUUUUGAGCCGACCGGGAAUGGAACCCGCCACUCUCAACAUGAUUUUGCUGAUUACCCACGAGUUUAUUGCUUCAGCUAUAUAGACCAGGGGUUCUCACGGUCCAUAUAGCUGCAACGGCAUCACUUCGGGUAUUUAGCAAGACCAUGCUGAGGAUUUCCUGGUUAUAUUCCUGAAUUACAACCAACAGAGAGCUAAGCUCCCCUACAAUUUAUAUUAAUUACGAUCCGUAUGUCAUUUAAUUCGUAUUCCAGUGCUGACACUCGGAUGACUGGUUGCCUCCUCCGCAUCCCACACACAAAAACUUUUUUCGUUUCUCUAGAAUCUGUCGGUUUCUCUCUGAAACGAUUUCUUCCGACAUCUUCCACCCUCCUUUCCCUGCAGCAGAAAUAAAACAAAGUUAGUGUCAAACAAAAAGAAAAAUCACUCCCAUAAGCCAGCAAACGAAAAAAAAGCAAAAACCCGUAAUCGACUAAAACCAGCACGUCCGCUUUUUCUCCGGUGACAUACUGGGGCUUGGCCACACUGCUGCUGCUGUGCAGUUUUUCCCCAUUUCGCAAUCAGGUCUCCGGGCUCGCUGGAGCGGAACCCAAAGAGCGAACUCCGCCACAACAGUUAAGAUGGAGGCAACCGACGAGUCCAAUUCAUCAACGGCAGCAGAGCAGUAGCGAGAAAGACAAUUUUCCACGGCAACUGUACCUGCUCUGCUUCCACCGCACAUUGAACCCCUCCCCAGUCCACCACACGCUAUCUAUCUGCCGUACACUUCGGCUAUCCUUACGUGCAACCCGGCUUGUGGAGAGAGGUGGAAAACGUAUCUAAACUACCACCAUCCCAGCCCAGCAUGACUCGACUCCGACUGUCCUGAACCUGAGCGGGUGUGUCGGUAGGCGCAAGUGCUAGGUUAUGUGCGGUGUGUUCCAAGCGAGAUAUUCAUUUCUCCGCUGCCCGAUGCCCUCCAUUCCAUAAUCUCCAUCCUGCUCAAGUGUAUGUCCCCAAACGCGGGUCGGGGAAUCAUCCCGGAAAUUCUGGGCCCUGCGCGCUCCGUGAGGAAUAUCUAAUUUUCCACUUUUCAUUUUGCGUGCCUCCGCAUUGUGCGCCUCUGCGUCCGUCCCUUCAACCUCGCUGGCUGGUGAUAUUGCUUUGUCCUCGGCGAAGAAGGCUCCGCCGUAUAAGGCACAAACAACAACCGAACGAAGGACGAGAGACCGACUAGCAACGGUGGCACGAAUCCGACAUCUUUGUCUACGGCUAACGUUGUCCUCCUGGCAUGGCUACCGCCCGCGAAGGGAUAUAGGAAGUUGGUGGAAGGUGCAAUUUCUCAAGGGAUUUCGACGAAAAAAAAAGCGAUUGGGUUUUCACCGGUUUUUGUGUUGCGCGCCUUGCUUAUUUGGUUUUGAUGUAGGUGGAUGCUGCAAUGUCGUUGGUUCCACGUAUUAUCGUUUAUAAAGCAGGACAUGCUCUAACUCAGUGAAUAUAAUAAGCAUUAUGUAACGUUUUGAGAUAUAUUGGUAAAUUUUUAAAAUACAGAUCAAAUAUAAAAAAUAUCACACCGAAUACUUUAGCCAUUAUUUUUUUUCCUUUUAUUUUUUUUGUGUUAAGGCAACUUCACAGGAGUAUCUUCUGGGGAUUUCUCUAGAAACUCAUGUGUAGAUUAUUCAAGAAAUGUUAUCUGGGGAAAACUCUAGGAAUGUUUGCUUCAGAAAUUCUUUAGGAAUUCUUUCUGGUAAUUUACCUAGGAAUUCUUCCUGGAGGGUUCCUCCGGAAAUUUUAUUUGCUGAUUCCUCCAAGAAGUCAUUCUGGGGAUUGCACCAGCUGGAUAUAGGAAUUUCAUCUAACGAUAACUCGAGGAAUUACUUGUGAAGACUCCUGAACAAAUAAUUUCUGUCUGGACAUUCCUCCAGGUUUCUUUAUGAAAACUAGGUUAAACUAGAAUUCCUCUUAGACAGGGUGGCCACCCAACCGGGAAAACCGGGAAAACCGGGAAUUACCCGGGAAUCACGAAGAACCGGGAAAAACCGGGAAAAAACCGGGAAUUUGUUAGAGGAAACUCGUGGUAAAAAUACGUAUUGAUUCGUUUUAUUUUCAGUGUAUGAAUUUAUCUCAUUUUUGAAGACCUUGACUCGUUUGUUUACUUUCCUCUGUGCCCUGUAGAAAAGUGAGCUACUUCGAUGCCACUUCAUUCUCUUUUCUGUCAAUGUCUCGGUGCCGCGCAAAAGUGGUGUUUUUUACUAUUCAUCAACGUUUCGAGUUAAAAAAAAAUCGCUGAUUUAGUCGAUCGGACGAUAUUCUGUUAUCUUUAAGUUGUAUUUCGUUCAUCAGGUAAUAUUCUGUACACGAUUUUUCUGCUACCUAACAUAAACAAUGUUUUUGUUCUUUAAUAUAUCGACAGCAAUGUCUACCAGCUACAACGCGAGAUACGAGGACGCAUUCCCCUGGUGUGCUCCCGAUCCGAAAGACGCGAAGGCGGCGGUCUGCAAAUGGUGCUGCAAGAAAAUACGGAUCGAAUCCAUGGGCAGAGUUGCGCUGGUCAGCCACGAAAAAAGCAAAACGCACAAGAGUCAAAUACUGGUUCAAAACACUAACCUAAAAAUCCAGCAUUUGCCCUCAAAUACAUCUCAGUCGAACUGCCCAUUGGUACAACGGGAAAGCCUUGCAUUGAAUAUACCAACAGCAUCGAGCAGCACCGAAAAGCAAAAUCCGGAUGUUUCCAGCGUCAUGAAGAAGUACAUGCUCAACGAACAAGUUACCAAAGCUGAAAUUUUGUGGGCCCUGGAGACAAUUGCCACGCACAACUCGUACCGCAGUGCUGCAACAAAUACCAAUCUGUUCAAAAAGAUGUUCCCGGAUAGUCAGAUCGCUGCCAAACUCGAGAUGGGCCGUACCAAAGUUGCCUACAUGAUUACAUACGGUCUUGCACCGUACUACACGAACGAGAUUUUCAAGGAACUCAACACAAUCUCUGAGCUGGUCAUUGGAUUCGACGAGACGCUGAACAAGAUAUCCCAGCGGCAGCAAAUGGACAUCAGCGUGAGAUAUUGGAACGAAAAAAAGGCAACUGUGGACAACCGGUAUCUAGGGUCCGCGUUCCUAAAUUCUUCCCGUGCAGUGGAUCUCCUAACUGGAUUGAAACUGUGUUUUGAAAGAAAUCCAGCUCUUCUUAAUAAUGUCAUCCAACUAAGUAUGGACGGUCCAAAUGUAAACUGGAAACUGCUGAAGGAUUUCAGUGGCGAGAUGCGCAACUUAAGAGGUAUUCCGUCAUUCGAUUUGCUGAGUAUUGGUAGUUGUGGUCUACACGCUGUCCACAAUGCCUUCAAAGAUGGUAUGAAACACACGAAGUGGAGCCUCGACGAGUUCCUGCUUUCUCUGUACCAUCUCUUCAAAGACUUUCCAUUACGCCGGUCGGAAUACACAGAGAUCACAGGAUCCAAUCUGUUCCCCUUGAAGUUUUGCCCUGUUCGCUGGAUAGAGAACUUAAGUGUUGCUGAACGUGCAUCUAAAAUGGUUCCUUUCUUGCGGGUGUAUGUGACUGCAGUAACAAAUCAGCGUGAAAAAAAGAUGAAAGAAAGCCACCCUUCAUUCAAACGGAGUUUCGGUGCUGUUAGUCAGUCUAGGCGAUUUGCGGUUGUAGAGAAGGCUAUGUCUGAUCAAAUGUUAGGUCCAAAGUUGGCCUUUUUCAUCUCAUCUGCGGCUGCCGUGGAACCUUUUUUACGCGAGUUCCAGUGCGAUGCUCCUAUGGCUCCGUUUUUAUUCGAAGAAUUGACUGCUCUCAUCCACUCCACUAUGACCAAAGUUCUGAAACCACAAUGCAUAAACGUAAAAGCCAAAGCGAUAACCGAAAUAGAGCUUAUCGACAGCAACACUCUCCCAACAUUACAGGUUGAUGUCGGGUUUGGGGUUAAAGCAGCCAUCAAAUCUAGCAUGGCUCGUGAAAAGAUUUCGGAGAAAACUGUACUACAAUUUCGGAAUGAUUGCAAAGCGUACUAUGUCGCAUUUCUGAGAAAAAUGUAUGACAAAUCUCCACUGUCUCACGGUUUCACGAGGUAUAUUUCGUGUAUUAGCCCGGACACCAUCGUACAUUCACCUGAUAUCGCGCAGAAACGGCUUGAAUCUUGUUUGGAUUACAUGGUACAAAGAGAUCAGAUGGCAGGUUCGGUAGCUGAUAAAGUACGCGAAGAAUUCUCCAAAGUUGUGAACAUGCCGAGUGUAAAAUCGUCUCUUGCGGCAUACCGGCGAAAUGAGCAACGCUUGGACUCUUUCUGGGUGAAACUGCUGGCAGAAACUGGAAAAGAUUUCCCAAGCCUCUUGGUAUUCCUGAAAAAGAUUUUAAUUCUAUCGCAUGGCAACGCUACAUUGGAGCGGGGUUUCUCGGUGAAUAAGGAAUGCCUCAUUGUCAAUCUACUUGAGGAGAGCUUAGUAGCACAGAGAAUUGUCCAUGAUGCGAUUCUGAAUGCUGGCCAAGUUUCGGAUGUUGAGAUUGAUAAAACGCUAAUUCAAUAUGCGCGAAACGCCCAUGGACGUUACCUGGAAAACUUGGAAAAGAAAAGGAAUGAAAAGGCACAAAAAGACGACGAAGCAUCAAAGAAAAGGGCAACAGCUAUGGUGAUCAAGGAGUUGGAGUCCAAAAAGGCUAAGAUCCUUGCAGAAGCCCACAAAGAAGCGGCUUUGCUUGAUGACCAGAUGAAAAGCUUGAUUAAGUAAUGUAAAUGUUAAUAUGUUGUUAGCAGUGUACGCAGAAUAUGCCACCGCAAGCGAAAAAUAGGCAACAAAGAAGGCACGGCAACAACGCUUUGUUUUUUCGUUAGCAGAUAAUGACAAAAUCGCUCCCGAGUUUGUUUACAACAAAAACGGUAGGAAUAUUUGUCUCGUUUUAUCCACAUCGUGAAUUUCGCAUUGUUUUACAACUGAAACUCAACUCUGAGGUUUGUAAGAGUCCUGUUUCGUCCAAAUGCUUAUGAAUUCGAUAAUGUGGAUCGAAAAAUUUAGCAGAAAAGCCGGAAUAUCAGCACACGCACGGCAAGCGAUGUUUGUUUUAUUGUUCUCAUCACCUGACAUGCGAUUGUUGCAGAGCGCCUUUGUUACCAACAUGCACCGCUUAGGACAAAGCGUUUGUUUUUCGGCGUGAUCCGUUUAUCGUACCCUGGUUGUUAGGCUUCAACGUCUAUUAAUGUAAAUAAAAAGAAUUUCAAUGGCAGAAUAUAAUCUUUUAUUUGUAUGAUCCAAGAAGUUUCUUGAGCGAUUCCUUUCGAACACGAAACUGGGCUUAUCAUGAAGAAUGAGUGAACAAGAAGGAAAAGCUGCGCACGCUAAUGGUUUGAACGCCAACAUGUUUUAAACCAACCGGGAAAUUAUAGUAUACCACCGGGAAAAACCGGGAAAAAACCGGGAAUUUGAAAUCUUGAAUUGAGUGGCCACCCUGUCUUAGAAUUUAGCCCAGGAAAUAAUGCAUGAAUUUUAUCUGUUUUUAUCCAGGAUUUUCUGGAGAUUCAAAACAAAUCCUAGAGAUUUAAUGAAUAAGCUCCUGUAAUCUUUCUAGAAAAAAAAAACUCUUGGAGAAAACCCAGUAAACAAAGUAUUGAGAAGAUUCUGAAAACGAGGAAGGCAAGCAGAAGCUCUUAGUGAAUAGAGGAAUCUAAAGACGAAUACAUGAAUAAAUUUCCCAAGGAACUCCUGCAAAAUUUAUUUCCAGAUUUUUUUCCGGUCAACCAGUGAUCGUAGAAGAUGUUGCAUAAGAUGUUAAAGUGGAGGCAAUUUGCGUACAUUUCACACGUGGCUAAAUGGAGGCAUGCACGUAUAUGGCCUCCAAUUUAUUAUCUUAUGCAACAUCCCAUACAACUACUGGUUGUCUGGGUUGUUUUCGUGGGAUUUCUUUUGGAGUUUGACCAGAGAUUUCGCUUGGGACUUCUCGCAGAAGAUUCCUUCCGGUGUUGAUCCUGGGAUGUCUCUAAGUUUUUCUGGAUUUAGCCUGGUUUUCUCCUAGGAUUUUUUUCUCCAAUGUGCCUUCUCUUCUGUAAGAGCUUUUGCUGAUGUUUCUCUUUGAGUUCUUCCAAUGAUUUCUUAGUGUUUCUUGCAGUUAUCCACCAGAGAUUAUUUUAUUACAGAUUUUCUCGGGAUUAUUUCGAGAGCUCUUCCUGAAAUCUCUACCAGUAAAACAGUCUCGAGAAUCUGCAUGCUACUUUUGGAUUUCUUUGUUGCUCACGGAGUUCUUGCAGGGAUUUUUAAGGAGUUUUUUUUGUCUUGGAAACGUCUCCUGAGGUACUUUCCUGGGCUUCCUGAGUUCCUGGAAGAAUGUCUACAAAAAUCUCUCAAAAAUCCAGAAAGAAACUGUAGGAAGCUAUCCCGGAAAACUAGUAAGAGAAGUUCCUCAAGGAACUGUGAAUAAUAUGAAACGAUCUACGGAGGAGAAAGUCAGCGAAAAACUCUGGAAGCAUAUCGGGAAAACCUCUGGAAAUAUCUUGGGAGGUACUCUAGCAGAGACCCUGUGAAAACUCUUGCAGAAGGGAGGAACUCUAGUGGAAAUAACAACGGAAAAAUCUCGGAAGGACGACAUGUAAGGUGCAUAGGAGGAACAUGGAAACACCUCUGGAUGGAAACUUGAGAGAACUAGAGAAAGCCAGGAAAAAACUCCUGGAGUUAAAAUUUUGGUUAAAUAAAAGGAAUAACACGCGGGAAAAAAUCCAUGAGAAACAACUGCGAAACAACUUAAAGAAAGAAUAACGUUAGAAUUCUAAGGAGAAAUCCCGAAUGGAAUUCAAGGAAGAAUCAUGAAUAAAUCUCAACAUUACUACACCACCAGCACAGAGAACAGCUUCCAUCAAGUUUAGUUGGAAAACUGUAUAAGGGAUUUAAAGGUUAAAUGGUCUGUGGGAUUACUGAUUGGAGUCCUGAGGGCUUUUUUUUUGGUUUUUAUCUUGUGAAUGUCAUUUAUUUGUAAAAGAUAUCUUCGGACGAAAUGUCAAAGGAAUUUCUUGCGUUUAACCCAAAAAAAGCUGGAUAAAUGUAAAAAAAUCCUUAAUCGAUUAUCAUUUUAUGUUUGAAGGAUUUUUCUUGGGAGAAUUCAGGGAUUUCGUGGAAUUUCUUAGUUUAUUAAUCUUGCGCAUUGUCUUAUAAGUUUUUUACUUAAUUUUUGGGGAUACUUCUUAAUAAUUUUGGGUAAGUGUAUAAAUGUUAUAAAACUCCCAAUAUGAAGUACUCGAUCUCUCUUAUAUUCUACUUCUAAUUCCACCUUCAAUCCGCUGAAGUAAAAUCUAACUACUGAAGCCUUUCAUAAACCUAAUGAACUCCCUGAAACCACUCGAAAUUUCCUGAAACCGCUCAGAAAACCACCGGAGACCCGUAGAAUUUCCUUAGGAGGAGACUAUCAAUCCCCGUUUUUCAAAUAUUUGUUAAUGUUUUCACUUUCAAUAUCUGACCAAAGUUGAUUUAUUCAGCAUUAAACAAUAAAAAUGCACCACACGAGAAAAAAUCCAUUCCCAAAAACAUGACUAAAAAGUCAUAAAAUCUUAAAAUAUGCCGCUUCAUGAUAUCAUGACUACAAGUCAUAAUAUCAUGACGAAAACGACGAAUAUCAUAUUUUUUUUUACAAUUUUCAUAAAAAAAAGUCAUGGUUGCCUGAGACCAUACGACAAACCCUUUCUUGUUUAUCCUUAUGCAACAUUAUAAGUCUGAGUCAUAAAACCAUGCCGCUGAGUCAUAGAAUUCUGCCGCUGAUUCAUUAAACCAUAAAACAGUGGCAUGAAGGAAUGCAACAAAACAAACGUUUGCGAGUUUUGUAGUAAAUGUCACCCAUGAACGUCGUCACCCAGCGUCCAUCGGUGGAUACGGGAAUAGGUCCAUGCACACUGUCAAUGGACUGCGUUGUUGCGUUCAUACCAAGUUCGUCGAUCAGUGGAUAAGUGUUACCUCGGCCGCAAAAACGACCAGUCUUGUUUCCAUCGUAUACGGGAGCAAGCUCCACUCCACACCCAUUCCGAUUGGCUGUGUUUCCUGGUAAGACAAAGUAUUUUGUAAAAAAUAGUAUAACUCUAACCUUAUCAGUUUUUCAGAACAAUACUGUGAAGUGAACACUCUGUUGAGGAUCUUCUGUAGCAAAAAUGAAAAGGAAAAUUCAACAUAAAUUAUGCUAUCGGAGUUAAGAACUACCAAAAAGUGAUUGAAACUAGAAGCAGUUAAAAGUUAAUUUAGUUUAACAUUUGUAGCUAAGUAGUCUCCCAUUAAUCUCCUUAGCAUCGUCACUCCCAUCGAUUUUCACGUAUUUUGCUUUCUAAAAAGCUGAGUGGUUGGUACGAGAUGUCCCCAUUCAAUGGCUUUAUUGUAAAACCAAUAACGCUGCACAGUAGGCCUGGCCGCUUCAAUGCUUGUAAUGCAUUUCCGAUGUACUGCAAACAUUAAUAAUGACAAGAAAAAUGGUAGAAUUAGUCGAUUCCAUCAUUUUCCAGGAUUCUUCCAAUGAAUGGCUGUGUAUGUGUAGACUAGAUAAGACAUUUGCAGCUAAGUAGCCUCCAUUUGAUUAAAAGCGGUUUCUAUAUUUUUGUUGAUGAAACCAAAAUCAAAAACGAUAAG